CCGCCGGCCGGCGGAGGGUCCUUCUCGGGGGAAAGUUGCUCGGUGCCCCCUGAGCGGGGGUGGGGGGUGUCCGAGGCUGCCUCCCCCCCUCUCCCAGCGCCCGUGCUUGUCGCCGAGCUAUUUAUUUAAAUUGCAAAUAAAACGCUUCGGCGCCCGCCCUGCUGGGGAGAGACGGUCCGGGUGCCGCACCGGCCGGCCGGAGGGUGUGAGUGAGGCUGCCCCCCGGGACCAGCAGCGGCAGGGACGAGCCCAUGGCCGGGGGGGUGGCCCCAGCUCCCAGGGCUUUGCUCUGCACCCUGCUUUGGGCGGCAGCGGUGGCGAGCGGCCCCGGGGGCAGCCCCGCACCCGGCGCCUUCGGCCGCGUCUACCGAGGCGCCGUGAACAUCAGCGCGGAGCGAGUCUACGCCUUCGCCUACAGCAGCGAGCCCGGGCAGGUAGAUGCAGUGCGGGUGAACGUGAACAGCAGCUCUGAGAACCUCCAAUAUCCUGUCCUGUUUGUAGUUCGCCAGCAGAAGGGAGUGCUGUCAUGGCAGGUCCCACUAAUUUUUCGAGGCCUCUAUCAGAGAACCUACAAUUACCAAGAAGUGAGUCGGACCCUCUGUCCCUCAGAGCCAACACCUGAGACAAGACCUUCUGACCAGACUAUAUUUGUGGAGGUCUCUUCCAUGGCACCAUUUAAUAUCGCAUAUGAACUGCUAGUCACCAGGCUCGAGAACUUCCAACUUGAGACCAACAAAGUCUUUAACUUCACUGCCAGUCCUUCCCAGCCCCAGUAUUUUCUGUACAAGUUUCCUCAGGAUGUCGAUUCAGUCAUUAUUAAAGUGGUGUCUGAUGCAGUCUACCCGUGCUCAGUUGUCUCCGUCCAGGAUAUUGUGUGCCCAGUUUAUGACCUGGACCAUAAUGUGGAGUUCAAUGGUGUUUACCAGUCUAUGACCAAGCAGGCAGCUAUAACAGUGCAGAGAAAGGACUUCCCAGGUGAGCAGUUCUUCGUUGUGUUUGUCAUAAAGCCAGAGGAUUAUGCCUGUGGGGGUUCUGUGCCUUCCUCCAUUCAUGGGAAUGUCAACCGUACCUGGAACUUGCAGCGGACAAAGAACCUUCAAGUGACAAUUGUGCCCUCUAUUAAAAAGUCCGUUUAUGUCCAGGCCAUGUUCUUCAGCUUCCUGAGUUUCCUCUCAUUUUACUUGGGAUCAGUGGUGGUUGCUUUUGUGCACUACAUCAGGGUUCGGAGGAAGGCUUCAGCUGGGAGAUUGAGUCCUGAGGAUGGAUCUGGGAUUAUGACAUCUUCACACCCCAUCACAGCCAGCACCCCUGAGGGAAGCAGCUAUGGUGCUAUUGACGAGUCAAGCUCCAGUGGUGGACAUCAGUUGUCUUCCCCUGAGCGCAGGCCACCAACUGGUUCUGACACAGACAGCUCUGUGGAGGAGGAGAGUGACUUCGACACCAUGCCAGAAAUUGAAAGUGAUAAGAACGUCAUCCGCACUAAGGUGUUCCUCUAUCUAUCAGACUUGUCCAGGAAGGACCGAAGGAUUGUCAGCAAAAAAUACAAGAUCUAUUUCUGGAACAUCAUCACCAUUGCAGUGUUUUAUGCCCUGCCAGUCAUCCAGCUCGUCAUCACUUAUCAGACGGUAGUGAAUGUGACAGGCAAUCAGGACAUCUGCUACUACAACUUUCUGUGUGCUCAUCCCCUUGGGGUGCUGAGUGCCUUCAACAACAUCCUCAGCAACGUGGGCCACAUGCUGCUGGGCUUUCUCUUCCUCCUCAUUGUGUUGCGCAGGGACAUUCUCCACCGUCGGGCCAUGGAGAUGAAGGAUAUCUAUACCCUGGACUAUGGGAUCCCAAAGCAUUUUGGUCUCUUUUAUGCUAUGGGCAUCGCUCUGAUGAUGGAAGGAGUGCUCAGUGCCUGUUAUCAUGUCUGCCCUAAUUACUCCAAUUUCCAGUUUGACACCUCCUUCAUGUAUAUGAUCGCAGGACUGUGCAUGCUCAAGCUCUACCAGACCCGCCACCCAGACAUCAAUGCCAGUGCCUACUCUGCCUAUGCCUCAUUUGCUGUGGUCAUCUGUCUGGCCGUCCUUGGAGUGGUGUUUGGGAAAAAUGAUGUGUGGUUUUGGGUCAUUUUCUCAAUGAUCCAUGUUCUGGCCUCACUGGCUCUCAGCACCCAGAUCUACUACAUGGGCUGCUUCAAGAUCGACUUGGGGAUAUUCCGACGGGCAGCGAUGGUGCUGUACACGGACUGUAUCCAGCAGUGCAGUCGACCAAUGUACAUGGACAGGAUGGUGCUGCUCGUUGUUGGAAACCUGGUCAACUGGUCCUUUGCUAUCUUUGGGUUGGUGUAUCGGCCCAGAGACUUUGCCUCCUACAUACUGGGGAUCUUUAUCUGUAACCUGUUGCUGUAUCUGGCUUUCUACAUCAUCAUGAAGCUUCGCAGCUCUGAGAAGCUCCUGCCCAUUCCCUUGUUCUGCAUCGUGGCCACAGCAGUGGUGUGGGCGGCCGCCCUAUACUUCUUCUUCCAGACCCUCAGCAGCUGGGAGGAGACUCCAGCAGAAUCCCGGGAAAAGAACCGGCCAUGCAUCUUGCUGGGCUUCUUCGAUGACCAUGAUGUCUGGCACUUCCUCUCUGCGGCUGCCUUGUUCUUCUCCUUUCUGGUCCUGCUGACCCUGGAUGAUGACCUGGACACGGUGCGCAGGGACAAAAUCCCAGUGUUCUGAGUCCCCAGGGGACAGAGGCGCAGGGGUGUCCUAAACUGCUCAGCCAAAGGCACCGGGCCACCAUCAUCUGUGGGGAAUGAGCCUGCUUCUGUGGCCAACGACCCCAUGGGAGCAGGGGAGCCGAAUCCCACUGCAAGCAUGAAGGGGUGCUGCUGUAACUGAGGUGGGACCGGGAGAGAAGACAACGUUUGCUCCUUUCCCACUGCACACUCUGUGGCAGGCAUGACCCAGUGGCUGAGGCCAGCACGCAGCGGGUGCUGGAGCCAGUGAAGAGGGGAGGAAACAGGGUGUGUUUGAGACCUUUGCUUCCCUUCCUCCCUGCUGAUGUGCUCCACUUCCUCUUGGGUGAGCGGGCUGGAGAAGCGCAGUGCAGCUGCUCCCACGUUGGCAGCUGGUGCCUGUACCCCACAGGCCGCGGCCCCCAGGGAGUCCCUUUGGCAGCACCAGGGAGAGUUUGGUUCCUGACCUGCCGCCGCCAAGUGAGCCGUGGACUCCCAGGUGAGGUGGCGGUGGGGGACUGUGUUCUUUUUUGUUGGAGAGGCUCCUCCCACGGCUGGUGAGGAGCCAUGGUAACAAGAGAAACCAGUCCAAGGGACUGCAGCGUUAAAGGGAGAUGGUGACUAGAGCUGCCCGGGAGUGCUCUGCCAGAGGCAGAACCUCCCGCUUUGCUCUUGCGACCUCUCUCACUGACACAUAUUGAAAAGCCUCGCUUCUCUCUGGCGGGUCCCAGCAGGUGCUUGUCAGCAUGAUGGUCUUCACAGAACCGGAAGCACUGUCCUCAAGCAGCCCUAAGAGAGACGGUGCAGUGAAGCUACAGCCUUGGCUGGCAGCUCCCUGGCUCUGCUGCAUGGCCUUGCCAAAGGGGCAAGGUGGAACGGGGAGGCUGUCCAGCAGCCUCGGGCUUUCUCCUCCCACAAGGUUGCUUUGGGCAAACUUGGUAAAGCAGGUGUCUUCAUGGGCUGGGAAUGUGGAGGAAGUUUUGGGGCACUUGGUGUUGAGCUCUUUAGCUAAAGAUCUGGACCAAACUUCUUUCCAACUUUUCUGCACCUGAAAUAAGUUUUUAAAUGGCUUCUGUAUUCUUCCUGAAUUCUCAGUUAUUUAAAAAAUGAGGUGUGAAUUAUUUCACACAUCUAAAAUGUGACCUGUUUUGCUAGUUUUGAAUUAAAAAGUGUUCUUUGGGGCCUACUGUCCUUAUUCUUGUCAUUAUCAGAGCAUUUUUCCUUUGGUGUAUGUGCAUGUACGUGGUGAUGCAAAGGCUCCAUUCUGCCUGUGCUUACCAAAGCAGAAGGCUAUGGUAAUUUUCUAUUCUGAGAAGUCUCUAUCUCCUAGAAAUGUUUUACACUAGCUGGUUUUUAUUUUUUUUCUAAGUUGGACUUUGUUAAGAUGGUCAAUAAAAUGUUCUUGGCUCUCUUC